AUGCCGCUCGUCGUGACGUGGAGAGGCUUUGUUGAGGAUGUCGCUCUUAUCUCUCUUCCUUUUCUUUGUAUACUACAUCUCUACCACAAUGCCAUCGCCCUCGUCCUGCUCUCCUUCAUCAGGCGAAUCUCUUCCCACAGUGUGUUCGCCCGCGCCAGUCUUUUCGCCUUCGCCGGUCUACUCGUCUUCGCCAGUCCCCUCUCCUUCGCUGUUAGCCCACUCCUCUGCGCCAGACUUCCCACCUCCUCACAUCAUCCUUCCCCAAGAAGUACUCCACCAAUUUUCGAGUACUACCAAGCUUCAUGCUCCGGCUCGGCGCUCAUCACCCUCAUCUCCCUCUCGCGCGACCUCUACAAGCAACACGUCCACAGAUUCUACCGCACUGUCACCCUCCAUGGGGACAACGCCUUUCUCUUCUACCGAGAGAUCCUUAAACUCGAGCCCCUCGAGGAUCUCAGAAUCGCGCAGGACGAAGAGCUGUGGAAGAGGUGGGCCGGGAUGGUCAACGGCGGAAGAGAGCCCGAUACACGACUCGGUCCUCACGACCUUCGCCCGGGCAAGAGUCUUCUCAACAAGCUUUGUCUCUACCGGGAGGUUGAUCACCUCACCAUGGCCGACGCCGAUGCAAUCGAUGAUACUGACGAAGCCGAUGAUUCACUUCUUGAUCUUGCCUACCAUGUCCUUACAGGGAUCACCAAAACCACCACCGAAAAACCGGCUCCUCCCGAUCAACUUCCCUUAUUCCACCAUGCCGUCAUUAUAGGCUACAGAUACGGAGCUAUCAAGUCGAUUUGUGAAUUUCGCAAUGACCACAUGUCUCCAUACCCCGGCUUCAGUCUUCCCUGGCCCGGGUAGACGUACUGCUCCGCUUGGGCAGCCGCUCUCUUGUGUGCGUGAACCCACCGUCUACCCCAAAGCUAGUUUGCAUCCUCCAUCAGCCAUUCGUGACUACCACCCUCGCAAAACUUCUCCGACAUAGCAGAGUUUUCCCGUUACAUGACUCUCCGCCUUUGGACGUGUACUCUUACCUCGCCUCUGUUGAUCUUCGGACGUGUGGGCGUUCUGUCGCGUAUGUGAAGGCGAAAGCCGGCUUUGGCUCUGUGAAGGGCCUUGCUCGGAUGUUGGCCGAGUCGACGGAGGGGCAGUAAAUGUUUGGCAAACCUGUCCUAUACUUCUGGGACCCACCCGAGUCUACAGUCCCCGAUCUGCAGCGUAUCCUCCCCCCUAAAAACUACAAAGAUCACCCCGGUACAAUCGAUUGGCAGAAGGAUAUGGCUUAUUGGAGAGAUCAGAAAACGGUCGUGGGUGUGGCGGGGGUGCGUGAGAUGUUUGGGUAGUUGGAGCGUGGGUUUAAACUCUGCACGUUUGGUA